AUGUUAAUACCUACGUGUUUGAUAAAAUUUUUGGAACUAACGUUAGCUGUAGCCUGCCUCACGUUACAUCACUACAGUUUUGACCUAACAGACGUCCCCGCCUUAAUAUUGUGCUCCGGUACUUACGUCGGGUACAUCGUGGUGUUUUCAGGAGAAAUCAUCGGCGAGACGGUGUCAGCGGUAGCGGACGCGUACGUGGACGCGUGGUGGUCGGCGUCGGGGUCGGUGCUGUUCGCGGGGUGCGGCUACCUGACGUUGGCCGGGUGGCGCGACGUGCCGGACUGCACGCGGCGCCGGCACGCGCUCGCCGCCGGCGUGUGCGCAGUCGCCACGGCCGCGCUGCUGCUGCUCGACGCCAUCAUGGCCGUCUGCUCGGCACACAAGGACGAGACCAGCUCGCGCGCCGCGCCGCCCGCACCGCGCCCCAACAAGCCCUGCACGCAGUGUGCUUAA